CACCAAUUUUGGUUGGUACGAAAAUAAUUUAAAUAAAUACUUUCGGUACACAUUUGAAGCCCAUUAUAUUGGGCUUUUGAUUUAAGCCCAAUAAAUAUUUCUUUCUUCGUCCUCUUGUCUCCGCCUCCGCUCUUAAUCGUCGCGGCCGCCGGAGACUUUAAGCACAAACCGUUGGACCCUAUACCCUUUAACGUCUCUUUUUCUCACUACUUGUAAAUUUCUUCUCUCUGCUCAUAAAGUCAGUGUUUAAGUAAGGUUCUCUAAUGGAGAAAUCUCGUGAAAGUGAUAUCUUGUUCUGUAAUUUGUGUGGGACAAUGCUGGUCUUGAAAUCAACCAAGUAUGCAGAAUGUCCACUAUGCGAAACAACGCGAAAUGGCAAAGAAAUCAUUGACAAGAAUUUAGCUUACACAGUUACUACUGAGGAUAUCAGAAGAGAACUAGGAAUAUCAGAGUGAAAAAACACAGGAAGACGCUGAGCUACCAAAGAUCAAAAAGGCGUGCGAGAAAUGCCAGCAUCCGGAGCUUGUAUACACAACCAGACAGACUAGAUCAGCAGACGAAGGACAAACAACAUAUUACACUUGCCCCAAUUGUGGACACAGAUUCACAGAAGGCUGAGAUCAUUAUCAUCUUCAGAAUGUUGCUCGAUUCACAGAGAAGACCAGUUUUGUUUCUCACACUGAUUGUUACAAACUUAGUAUUUAUAACAUUUUGUAUUGUUUCUUACAAGCUCCAUAUUCGAUCUAUCAUUAGAAACUUUUUUUCUUAUUAAGGAACAUAAAAUUGAAAUUCUAUUACAGCC